AUGGACCAAAAGUGCAGAUUAUUCAAGGGGCCAGAGCAAUUCGCCGGUGAAAAAUGGGGGAAUAUUCUGAGCUUGUCGGAAUUUGACGGCUUCACGCGCGAGUCAUUGAAAUCAAUUUGUGUGCCGGAGGCGCAGCCUCCCCAAUACAACGGCGGCAUAAUCGAAAACCCGAGCUUCGAUUUUGGCCUCGAGAAAUGGAAAGCAUUCGGAAGUGCAAAAGUCGAGCCGAGAAAAUCCAAGGCCGGCAACCCUUUCUUGGUAGCUUUGGACCGGAAAAACCCGACCGACAGUGUCUAUCACUGGGUCGAUCUUAAGAACGACACAAUAUACGCAUUCUCAGCAUGGUUGCAAGUUGACAAAGGUUCGGAGCUCGUCUCGACUUAUUACACGGGACUUGAUAACCGCAGUACAAUAAUCGGAUCUACGAUAGCGAAAUCCGGGUGUUGGUCACAGCUCAAAGGAGGGUUUACACCUAAUGAGGAUACCAAUAACACUGAUGCUGAACUUUGGGUUGAUAGUGUUUCUCUGAAGCCAUUCACUAUGAUGGAAUGGCAAGCUCAUCAGAACAAAACCAUUGAUCAGUUUCGGAAGAGGACAAUUCGUAUCCACGUGUCGACCCGGGAGGGCAAGAAGCUCUGUGGCGGGAAGGUGAGCAUCCGUCAGACCCGACCCAAGUUCGUGAUCGGGUCAGGCACGCCGGAGUCUAUCGUAACCCACAAGAAGUACCAAGACUACUUUGUCCGCCGCUUCACGGCGGCCACCUUCCACAACGAGAUGAAGUGGUACUUCACGGAGACCUACCCGGACGUGGAGAACUACACAGUCCCCGACGCCAUGGCAAGCUUCUUCCGGGCCCACCGCAUCCCGAUCCGCGGCCACACCAUCCUAUGGGCAAGCACCAACUUGACCCAGUACUGGGUCAAGCGCCUCUCCCCGCCGGACAUCCUCAAAGCCGCAGUCCGGCGAGUAGGCUCCGUGGUGUCCCGUUACUCCCCAGACGUGAUCGGGUGGGACGUGAUGAACGAGAACCUCCACAACUCCUUCUACGAGCAGAACCUCGGCCCCAACGCCUCCGCCAUGUUCUACCAGAUUGUUCAUGCACUCGACCUCGGCAAGCCCCUCUUCCUCAACGAGUACAACACCAUCGAGCUACCAGCCGACUUCGACGUCAUCCCCGCCAAGUACGUGGACAAGAUCCGGGAGACAAAGGCAUUCCCUGGCAACGAGCAGCUGAAGGUCUAUGUGGGGCUGCAGGGCCACUUCUUCCGGCGUCCCAUGGUCUCGUACAUCCGGGCCGUGCUAGACACGUUGGGUGCGACCGGGAGUCCAAUAUGGAUAACCGAGCUCGACACGCGGCGCGGGCCCACGCAAGCGCCCUAUCUGGAGGAGGUGAUGCGGGAGGCCUACUCCCACCCGGCCGUGGAGGGCAUCAUCGUGUGGGGCGGGUGGAAGCCAACCGGGUGCAACCAGACAUGUUUGGAGGACACCAACUACUACACGCUCCCGACAGGGUGUUCCGUGAUGUGCCUGGUUGACAACAACUUUCGAAACCUUCCACCGGGGGAUGUGGUCGACAAAUUGAUCCACGAGUGGAAGAGCAAUGUGGAUGGGGUUACCGAUGGGAAUGGGGUUUUCCAGCAGAGGGUGUUUCUCGGGAGUUAUAAACUUAGGUUCGAGCAUCCGGACGUCAAGGGUACCGUGAAGAGGAGGUUCAACGUCACGGUUGGGGAGAGGGACUUGGAGUUCAAGCUUUGUAUUUGA